AUGGUCGCCAAGACUGCCACGCUCGCUCUCGCUCUCUUCGGCGGCGCCGAGGCGCUCACCAUCGGCGCGGCGCCGAUGCGCUCGAUCUCGCGCUCGUGCAACAUCGAGAUGGCCAAGAAGUCGGUGGGCGACCUGUCCGAGGCUGACCUGAAGGGCAAGAAGGUGCUCGUCCGCUGCGAUCUCAACGUCCCGCUCGACGGCAAGACCAUCACCGACGACACCCGCAUCCGCGCGUCGGUGCCGACCGUCAAGUACCUCGUCGAGAAGGGCGCAAAGGUGCUGCUCUCGUCGCACCUGGGCCGGCCCAAGUCGGGCCCGGAGGACAAGUUCUCGCUCGGCCCCGUCGCGCCGCGCCUCUCUGAGCUGCUCGGCAAGGACGUCGUCAUGGCCCCCGACUGCAUCGGCGACGGCGUCAAGGCGCCCCGCACCCAGCCCUUCCUCUCCCGCCGCGACCACCACCCACCGCCUCCUGCGGGCCUCGCGGAGAAGAUGUCUCACAUCUCGACCGGCGGCGGCGCCUCGCUCGAGCUGCUCGAGGGCAAGGUGCUGCCCGGCGUCGCGGCGCUCCAGGAGGCCUAG